UAUGGGCUACAGUGACCGCAGACUAGGACUGUCAGUGCUGUAUCGUGUUGUGUUGUGCGUAGCCUACGAUGUCCUGGUUUAUCUAUUGCCGAUGUUGGCCUGAUUUCGAGGGGUUUUGGCACAUACCGCGUUCCAUAUUGCGCUGGAUUUGUCAAAAGUUACGGGAAAGAUGUUCACUUUUAGUGAAAGUGUUCAGAUUCUUAAUGGGUCGCAGAGGCCGAGUUGACCCUGAAGGUGGCGAGCCUCCAGGAGGUAGGUUGCGUGACGAAGAGGAUGAUGACUUUGACAGCGAGGAGUAUCGUGUUAAGUCGACAGAUGAGUUGUUCUGUGGCUACGAUUCAACCUGGGAGACUGAGGAGGAUUCGGGGUACACAUUCAACAACAGGAGGCGACCAGCAGCGUCCAGAUAUAAGAUCAAGUUCAGCAGAUUUGAAAAUGCUGCAAAAGACAUGCAGAAUUACAGGCAUAACUACCCUUCCCAGACCAGACCAGAUCGCUGGAUAGGGCCAGUAAAUGAUGAUAUGCCUAAUUUGAAUUUCUACCUCGGAAAGACGGCCUCUAAACCUGACGGUGUCUACAUCCACAUUUUCCACAAUGAAUGGCAUGGAAGGUAUGAAGAACUGGAGUAUGUACACACCUAUAUUCAGUGGUUAUUCCCACUGAAAGAACCAGGGAUGAACAGUGAGGCCAGUCCAUUGACAAAAGAAGAAGUUGAGGGUUUUCUUCAAAACAGCACUGCAAAGGGAAAUCUGUUGAAGUCCUACCAGCUCAUGUUGGACUUCUAUGGUAUAGAGUUGUGCGAUGAGAGAACAGGAAAAGUCCAAAGAGCACGUAACUGGAGAGACAGAUUCAACAACCUUAACAGUCACACUCAUAACAGCCUGCGCAUCACCCGCAUCCUGAAGUGCCAGGGAACCCUGGGGUACAGUCACUACCAAGCCCCCCUGGUCCAAUUCUUCCUGGAGGAGACACUCGUCAAAGGGGAACUCCCAAAUGUCAAGGACAGUGUUCUCAACUACUUUGUGUUUGCUGUCCUCGAUAAGAAAGAACGCAGGCGUCUCAUCAAGUUUGCCUAUUUGAACUAUGACCAUAAAGAUGAGUUUGUAUGGUGCCCAAAGAAAAUUCAGAUGAUGUGGUCAAAGGCUGCCAGUAGCAGGACAGAAUAGAGUAUUUUAGUCUGGACAAUGAGGAUGAAGCCAAAGACGAGACAAACAAAUUCUAUACUUGUUGUGAAUUCAGUAACAGAAAAUCACAAUGUGUGAUGUUGGUUGUCAAUCAAACUGUGACUUUGGAAUGUCACUGCCAAUUAAACUUCACCAAUAGAUAUCAAAAUGUUUUUCCAAUAUUAUUAUUUUGUUUUCCAAUAAUUUUUGGAGCCGUUUCAUGACCACCUGCAAUGUAAUGUAGUAAUGUUAUCGAAGGCACACUCAAAAAUCCACCAUAUGCUGUCUGGUUUGGGUAUACUUUAUUUUGUUUCUAUUCUACAUUUCUAUUGUACAUACAGUACAGCACCUGCUAAGCAUUAUUAGUAUGUAGUAUGUCUGGUAACAGUGUUAUGUAGUGGUGGUCACAAAAUAUUGAUUUCAUUUUUCUUCUGUUCACUCAUUUUGCAUUUUGUUAAUUGAUAAAUCUAAUCUAUUAACAUGUCUAUUUUUGAAAGCAUUCUUACUUUAUAGCACUUUUCCACACUGCCUGACUAAAACGUUUGCACAGUACUGUACAUAUCAUGCGAGUCUGCCAAAUGAAUGCAGAUAAAAUAUCCAGCCCUGAAGAGAAACAUCACAGCAGGUAGAAGCAGCAAAGACAGAGUGAUGAGUUAUCUGGUUAUGCAGAGGCAGAUACUCCAGAUAGUAGCCUACACAUGAUCUUUACAGAGCAUCAGUGAAUAUUCCCCAGUAGUUCAUGCAGUGGUUUACUGUACGUCACACACGGAAUCAUUUUUUGAAAAUGCUUUUUUUUCUCUUUAGUAUUAGUUUGGUUUCCAGUUUCCAGGUUUUAUUUUUAUUCUUUCACUUGACAAAAAUGUGCAGUAUUCUGAACGGGACAAAUAUGUUUUUACCAGAAAAUGUGCAAUUGUAAUUUAAGUGCUUAAGGUGUGGGUAAGUAGGACAAAUUAAGAACUUUAAGAAUUGCUGUUUGGCUGUGGUUAAUAAAGCAGAAACUGUUCCUAA